GUACAGUAUACACACACCAUUACAGCUAUGGAGAGGGCACGUAAUACAUGAAAACACAACAUUAUUAGUGUGUGUGUGUGUGUGUGUGUCAUCAUGUGAUCUGAGUAUUUCUCCUCAUUAGACCCCAGUAAACUCGCUGUGAUCAUUUAGUUAAUACCUUUCAUUCUGUCCAUGAUGAAGUCCUCAGGAGCGACGCGCGUGCGCACUAACCCUCAGUUUCUCCAUCUGCUGUGUUUUUAUUUUUUGGGGGAAUUUCCUUAUUUAUUGACUUGCUUAUUUAUUUAUUUCUGCGUUAAAUCCGCAGAUUUGUCUGACCCCGUCCACGCAGACCAUCAUCUUCUACCCGUGGCUGAAGUAAUAAUGCGCGAUCUUGGCGCGGGUCCACGCGCCAUAAAUCCGUCCGCGCGCGCUCCCGCGUGAUUGUGAGCGCGCGUCCUCGCGUUGAUGCAGUUCGACGCGACGCUGGGAGUUUUAACGCGCACAUGGACGGGAAAAACCACUUGUUCGCAUGUUUACAAGGAUUUAAACCAACACAAUUUGUCAGAAACACCGCUGAGGUGAAGUUUGAGUUGUUCGCGCCAUUUUCUCGAGUCUGUCAGGUGAAGCACCUGUACGCGUGGAUGGAGUUCGCGCCUCUGCAUGUAGUAGGACAAACGCCUGGUUGCAGGCUGUGAGCGGGCGAUCGCAGGGCUUUUCUUCAGGAAUUGUUGGUAAUGAGAAGGAGCAGCCCCUCUGCCAGCUGGCGGGUCUCCAGAUGUGUGUGGCUGCUGAUUGGAGGAGGCUGUACUGGUGGGUGGUCCUCCAGUGGGUAGUGGGCGUGGCCACCUCAGGGCCCUGUGCCCAGCGCUGCGACUGUUCACCGAAGCUCCCGCUGGUGGACUGCUCCUCUCAACAGCUUUCUGCUGUUCCCGAAGGCGUUCCCGACGCCACGCAGGUGCUCAACCUGACCUACAACCACCUGAAGACGCUAUCCAGCCGGCAGUUCUUCAGUCUGAGGCAGUUACGCGAGCUGGAUCUCAGCGCUAACAUGCUAACUGUGAUCGAGGUUGAGGCUUUCGUUGGUCUCCAGAACCUCAUCACGCUGAGAUUGUCCCGUAAUCGUCUGAAGAUUAUCCCAGUAGGGGCUUUCUCAGGCCUUCCCAAUGUUCAGUUUCUGGACAUCAGUGAAAAUGAGAUCUUAGUCUUGUUGGACGACAUGUUUGGAGAGAUGCCGUCGCUGCAGAAGCUGGAGGCGAGUGAGAAUGAUCUGGUGUUCAUCUCGAACCGUGCGUUCAGCGGCCUGCCGAAUCUGCUGGAGCUGCGUCUGGAGCGCUGUAACCUGACGACGGUGCCGAGCGAGGCCUUCUCACGGCUGACGGGACUCCAGCACCUGCGCUUCUGCAGACUCGGCCUCACCGCGUUGCCCAACAACUCCUUCCGUCAGCUGCAGCGGCUGCAGGAUCUGCACGUGUCCCGCUGCCCCUGGCUGCACACGCUAGCGGUGAACAGUCUAAUCGGCCUCAAUCUGACCUCGCUGACGCUGUCGCACUGCAACCUGAGCGCCGUCCCGUAUGCGCCGCUGCAUCACCUGGUGUACCUGCGCUACCUGGACCUGUCCUACAAUCCCAUCACCACCGUCCUCUCCGGACUCCUCGGUGACCUUUUACGGCUACAGGAGCUUCAUUUAGUCAGCACUGGACUGUUGCAUGUUGAAUCUGGUGCUUUUCGUAAUUUAGCAUUUUUCCGGCUGCUCAAUGUUUCGGAUAAUCGUUUGGUGACUCUAGAGGAGUCUGCGUUCCACGCGGUCGGUUCUCUGGAGGUGCUGCGUUUGGACGGGAACCCGCUAGCGUGCGACUGCCGGCUGCUGUGGGUGAUGCGCAGACGUCUGCGGCUCCGUUUCGCUGGACAUGCGCCCUCUUGUGUUUCACCUGUGCAGGUGCAGGGCCGCAUGUUCCAGGACUUUGCGGAGUCGGAGGUGGCGAGGACGUUCACCUGCAGACAGGCUCGUAUUCUGACCCGUAAGCCACAGGACGUGCGCUCUGAUGAAGGACAUACGGUGCUGUUCUUUUGCGCAGCUGAUGGAGAUCCUGCGCCGUCGAUAAUCUGGCUGAACCCUAAACGAUCGGUUCUCACUGCGUCCGGCCGGAUUCGUGUUCUCCCGAACGGGACUCUGGAGGUGCGCUACGCUCAGGUGCAGGACAGCGGAUAUUACCUGUGCAUCGCCUCUAAUGCCGCCGGGAAUGACAGUAUAUCCGUAAGCCUGCGUGUUCGGGGGUUUCCGGCGUCCUCUCGGAACCGCUCGGGAUCCUUCUUUCUGGAUGGCUGGAGCUUUGCAUCGGGACAAACGGCGGUCAACGGGUCGCAGCCGUUCCCGUUCGAUGUGAAGACGCUGGUGAUCGCCGUGACCAUGGGCUUCCUGUCGUUCCUCAGCUCGGUGGCGCUCUGCUUCAUCUUCAUGUUUUUCUGGAGUCAGAGUAAAGGUCAGAUCAAACACACCGCCACCAUACAGUUCGUGCCGCGCAGCUCAGCGUCCACCACCGCAGGCCGGAGCACCGUGGAGACCGGACGCUUCACCAUGAAGCUCAUCUGAAUAUCAGACAAUCUGAAACGUCUACAUAAUCUCAAUAGAGCCUUUCCACACGUGUGUGUGUGUGUGUGUGUGUGUGUGUGUGUGUGUGUGUGUGUGUGUGUGUGUGUGUGUGUGUGUGUGUGUGUGUGUGUUUCUCAGCAUUGGAAGUGGUCAUAGUGCAGGGCGCAGUGAAUGGGUGAGUACAGCACAUCAUUAUUCUUCACUCCUAUCAGCUGAAAUCAUGACAGAAGCACUCCAGGAUGCUGUUAUCAAGACUCUGAGAAGAGGAAAACAACAGUGUGAGACUGAUGACGACAGUCAGGGGAGAGAAUCAUGUCAGAUGUACUGUCCUGCCCUCAUACACACUGCAUUAAGGUUAUUGCACACUGAAUCCGAAAUUUUUGCACGUUGAAGUGAAGUUUACUCAAAGUAAUUUCGAGAGGAUCACGUGAUUAUGAUUGAACACGGCUGGUUCUGCAUUAGCAUGCAUGAUCCACCAAUCAGGCCAUU